AUGACCAGAUUCAAGAUCAUAGUCACCUCGGACACCAUCUGCCCAUGGUGCUACGUCGGUCGCAGACAGCUCCAGGCCGCCCAGCGCCUGUGGGAGCAAAAGUACCCCGACUCCAAUGACACCUUCUCCGUCAGCUACCAGCCCUUCCAACUCAAGCCCGAAUGGCCCAGAGGCCCCGGGUCCAGCGUCUCCAAGGAAAAGGUCUACAAUGAAAAGUUCGGCAAAGAGCGCGUGGCCAUGAUGCAUAAGCACCUAAGCAGCGUCGGAGAGGGUCUGGGCAUCAAGUUCAAGUAUGGUGGACAGACUGGAAACACUAGGGACUCGCAUAGACUGGUGCAGCUGGCCAAGAAGCAUGGCGAGGAGGCUGAGGGCAAGGCUCUUGACGGCCUCUUUGCCGCGUAUUUCGAGGAAAACGAAGACAUUACCAGCUACGACAUCCUGAAGAAGGUGGCGGUUGAGGCGGGAAUUCCGGAGGCUGAGUUCCAGAAGUCCAUUAUCGACAGCGACGAGUUCGGCCCCGAAGUCGACAGGCUGUCGGAAGAGGCGCAAUAUAGUGGCGUCAGGGGAGUGCCUGACUUUGUGAUGCAGGAUCGGUUCCGACUUUCUGGCGCCAACGACCCAUCGACGUUUGUCAGUGCUUGGGAGAAGAUCAAAGCGGCUGAGGGUUCAUGA